AUGGCCACUUCUCGUAUUCCUUCAUCUCACAUCUUACGUCGAUUGUUCGUAUUCUGCUGCUUAAUGACGUCACAACUAGUUAUAUGCCUUAGUUACGAAAUGGCUUGUGAGAAAAUUGGUGAACCCGUGAAGUCGGUCGUGGCCGAGCCAAACGAUUAUCACCAAGCUCUACUUACUGGAGAUCGUGUUUGGAUGUUUGGAAGAGCUUUUGUCAACCAGCCUUCCCACAAUUGGGGACACCGAAUCGUGUCGGCCGGAACGUACGGAGUGGCAUUUAACCUCAGUAACAACAAAUGGGAGGAGCCGCAGAAAUUCCCAGCUUUAUCGAAUGAAGAAAAUAUCAGUGAAAUUUUGUUCGUACUCAACAAGUCCAUUUACCUUCUGCUCUUCACAGCAUUCGGUGAACUUUCGAUGAAAUCAGUUCACAAAUGGACAGGAUCAGGAUGGGAAUCAUUGAAGCUCGAUAGCUUCCAAGCAAUGCCUGCUUCCGAUCCAUCGGAACGAGUGACCAUGGUUGUAGCUGAAGGUCCUCAUGAAGGUUCAAGAUAUCUCGUCAGUAAUGUUGGCCACAAGAUCAGGGUCGCUCAUCUGAAGGUGUCCGAUGGUUCCGUCAGCAUUACGCACGUGGUAGAUGUACCGGAUGGUUCUGGCCAGAUAGGUGCUCAAGCUGUAUCCGCUGUAGAAGCUGGAGACCGUUUGCUGAUCGGUUACGGUGUUCAUGGAUGCGGAUUCCGAUGGGACAAUAGUCAUGUGAUCGUUUGUGAUCCUAACAAGAAAACCUGUGAAACAGUACAGAUCCCCGCUGAGGCAGGUCCGAGAUGGGGAUUCGAUGGCGCUAGGGCACAUUAUCUUUCGCCGUCUGGAGCAUGGAUACAUGCUGCAGGGACUGUUCCUCAAGGGAUGCAUGGAGGCACCUUCGAGGGUUCCAUUUGGGCACUAACCAAUCUGAGCUCGACUCCUGCAUGGCGCCAACUUGAAGGCAGCAUUCCUAAAGAUGGAGAUUUCGUCAUUGGCAAUGGGCGUGUCAUUAGUAUCGACAAGGACGGUGUGCACAGUCAGCCUCUCAAAGAAAAUUGA